AUGGAUCGUGUGAUAUUCUUCUACCUCCUCAUCGCAGCUGCUUCAUUAGUCUCCAUCUCCGGCGAGGUUGAAGACAGUUUAAAUAAUCCGAUCAGGCAAGUCGUCCGGGAGGAGAAAGAUGAUCAACUACUCAACGCAGACCACCAGUUCACACUGUUCAAAUCCAAGUACCAAAAGACUUACAAGAAUCAGGUGGAGCACGACCAUCGCUUCCGUGUCUUCAAAGCUAACUUACGUAGAGCUAGACGUCACCAGCUACUCGAUCCCUCUGCCGUCCACGGCGUCACGCAAUUCUCAGAUGUCACCCCGAAGGAAUUCAGCCGCAAGUAUCUAGGACUGAAACAGCGGUUCCGUCUUCCUAACGACACUCAGAAGGCAGCAAUACUUCCGACUAAUGAACUCCCGACGGAUUUUGAUUGGCGUGAACAUGGAGCUGUCACUCACGUUAAAAACCAGGGUCUGUGCGGAUCAUGCUGGUCGUUUAGCACCACAGGAGCUCUUGAAGGAGCACAUUUUCUAGCGACUAAAGAGCUUGUUAGCCUCAGCGAACAGCAGCUCAUAGAUUGCGACCAUACGUGUGAUCCACAACAAGCUAAUUCAUGUGACGCUGGUUGCCGUGGAGGACUAAUGAACAAUGCUUUUGAGUACACACUCAAAACUGGUGGUCUUAUGAAGGAACAAGACUAUCCUUAUACAGGACGUGACCAUUCCGUCUGCAAGUUUAACAAGACCAUGAUCGCCGCGAUGGUGUCUAAUUUCAGCGUUGUCUCUGCGGAUGAAGACCAAAUCGCUGCAAAUCUAGUCCAGCACGGUCCUCUAGCUAUUGCUAUCAAUGCAUUGUGGAUGCAAACUUACAUAGGAGGAGUGUCGUGUCCGUAUGUAUGUUCCAAGAACCAAAACCAUGGAGUGCUUUUGGUUGGGUUUGGUUCAGCGGGUUAUGCACCACUCCGUCUUGAGGAGAAGCCUUACUGGAUCAUAAAGAACUCAUGGGGAUCCUUGUGGGGAGAGAAGGGUUACUACAAAAUCUGCAGGGGAAGUGAUAACAUCUGUGGUGUGGACACAAUGGUAUCUACCGUUGCUGCUGUUCAUACCAUACCUCAGUAG